AUGUCUUUACUCAGGUUCUGGACAUUAAUCCUUGCCUGCGCUGGCUUUUUGUCCUGCGCGCAUGCCAGUGCUCCAUUCGGUUGGAAUAAUAACACAUUCCUCCUCCAUGGCAAACCCUACCGGAUCAUCGGCGGACAGAUGGAUCCGCAGCGGGUGCCACACGAGCUGUGGGAAGACCGCCUGUCCAAGGCACGCGCUAUGGGCUUGAAUACCAUCUUUUCGUACGUCUACUGGGACCAGCUGGAACGUACCCCGGGCUCGUGGGACCCUAGCGGCAACAACGAUAUCGCGCGGUACUUCAAGAUUGCACAAGAGCAAGGCCUGCAUGUCGUUCUCCGCCCUGGACCAUAUAUUUGUGGCGAGCACGAAUGGGGUGGAUUUCCAGCAUGGCUCAGCGAGGUACCAGGCAUGGUUGUCCGCACAUACAACGAACCAUUCCUCAAAGCUACCCAGUCAUAUAUCAGUCGUCUUGCGGAGCAGCUGAAGUCGGUUCUGGUUACGAACGGUGGGCCGGUCUUAAUGGUCCAGGUUGAGAAUGAGUACGGAUCCUAUGGCAAUAAUCACCAGUACGUUGCUGCCCUGCGGGAUAUUAUUAUAAACGCAUUCGGUUUACCGGUGUACACCAACGAUGGCGGCGAGAAAUCGAUGCUGGAGGGUGGUCAAAUUCCGGGUGCUCUUGCUGAAACAGACGGUGAUCCCAAGACGGGCUUCGCUGCUCGUAACGCAUACGUUACCGAUCCUAGCAGCCUUGGUCCACAGCUUGACGGGGAAUACUACAUCACUUGGCUCGACCAAUGGGCCAGCAAUAACUCCUUCACCACAGAUGCCGGAGACCAGGCGGCGAUUGAAUCUGCCACAUCCGAUCUUGACUGGAUCCUAUCCAACAAUGGGUCGUUCAGUAUCUACAUGUUCCACGGCGGCACUAACUGGGGGUUCCAGAAUGGAGCGGACUGGGGCGACUCGCUGGAGCCUGUCAUUACGAGCUAUGACUACGGGGCACCUCUCGAUGAAAGCGGCCGGACGAAUGAUAUUUACUUUGCCGUGCGAAAGACUAUCAGCUCCCAUGUCGGUGAAGACAGCAUCCCACCAGUCCCCAAGAAUAAACCACUUGUCACAAUUCCGGACAUUAAACUCACCCCCGAAGUGACUAUGUUCGACAGCCUCCCCAAACCCGUAUCCAAAAAAUACCCUGUGAAUAUGGAAGCGGUCGGCCAGGCAUAUGGGAUGAUCCUCUAUCGGCACGUUGUUACAUCCACCGUUAAUGGAACUCUUAAAACCGGUGACGCUCCUAGGGACCGAGUGCUCGUCUACGUCAAUGGCCGCCGUGCCGGCGUGAUUGAUAGCACGUAUGCAGCACCCAGUACGGUCAAUCUGGCACUUAAACCGCAUGAUGUGUUAGAUAUCUUGAUUGAAAAUAUGGGACGUGUCAAUUACGGCUCCCUGAUUGUUGAUCAGCGCAAGGGAAUUGUGGGAAAUGUGACAGUUGGAAGCAGUCUUCUCUCCAACUGGGAGAUCUAUUCUCUCCCGUUAAACGAACCGCCAUCUGGUUCAUCCUAUAACGCGAAAACGACACAUCUAUCAACAAGUUCAGGACCCGUCUUCUUUACUGGUUCAUUUGAUGUGGAUACUGUUGGGGACACAUUCCUCGAACUUCCUGGCUGGACGAAGGGCGUGGUUUGGGUCAACGGUGUUAAUCUUGGCCGCUAUUGGAUCGUAGGCCCGCAGCAGACGCUCUAUCUUCCCGGAAUAUAUCUUCGCAAAAACCAGAACAAGAUCACUGUUCUGGCUCUAGAGCCAACAGGAAAUGAAGGUCCGGUCCGUGGUAUCACCACGAGGAACUGGGGUAAUAACCCGGAUCCUGAUGCUCCGUGA